AAGAACACGCAUCUGAUUCAUUACAGAUUAAAUCAACUUUAUCAAGCAGACUUGGACAUGAAUUUGCGUCCUUUUUAGUAUGCAGAUAUUUCAAAAUGGCUGUGAACGACUAAGGGUGGUUUCAUUCGUUCUGGAAUUCUUGAGUGAUAGAGAAAACUAAAUCAAAAUGGCAGGAAUAUCAGCGACGACAUCACGCCAAGGAACUCAGUUAUCGGCUCGAACACGACCCACAACAUCACUUCGCGGUGACGAUGAAGUCGGCGAAAAUCUUGUUAUUUGUAAACUUUGUGAUAAAGAGCUCACAACUCCAAAACAUUUUCCAUGUCUCCAUACCUUCUGUGAGGGAUGCCUGAAUAUCCACGCAAAAGCUGCAAAAGAGUCAGAUCCCAGCGCUCAAAUAAGGUGUCCGACAUGUUCUGUUCCAGUCCCAGAAUCUACAGAGGUCGACCCAGAGAAAAUUGUAGCCAGACUUCCAUCCAACUAUCUUCUUUUGGCACACGUUAUGAAGCGUCAAUUGAAAACCAAAAGAUGUAAGCCAUGUCAACGUCGAACAAAAACGUCCACCGCUAAGUCUUGGUGUGCGGACUGCGCCGAAGCUCUUUGUGAUGAUUGUGUGGAGAACCAUGCUUCUAUCCAAUCUUCAAAUCGACAUCCCGUUAUUCCGAUUACCGAUGCCGAGAACAAUCCGUUUACUAUGCAGAAAAAGGUAUACUGCGUAGACCAUCCACGAGAGCAGGUAACAAAAUUUUGCAUGGAGCACCAGACGGCAUGUUGUGGUAGAUGCAAGACAGGAACCCACUCCCAGUGCACUUCCUUUCUUCCAAUCGACAGAGCAAUUGAAGUUAUGCGAAAGAAACAGGAACUAACUGUUCUUGUGUCUCAGCUUGACACGAUGAGCAGCAACGCUGAGAAAAUCGUAGCCGAAAGAAAAAAAGCUGUGGAAGAUCUUGCCAGCCAUAAGACGGAAGAGGAAAAACUGAUACCAACAUUUCGAGAACGAGUAAAUGAACAUUUGGACAGCUUAGAAAAGGCACUAAAAGAAGAGUUUGAAGAAUUACACGAGAAAGAAACGAAUCAUAUAAGACAGGACAUUGAGGUAUUUGAACAGAAACUUCAGAAUAUCAAUUAUUACAAAGAGCUUCUAGAUGCUGCAACCAUGAACAUUCCUCCACUUGCUGUCCUUACAGAGGGAGCGAAAAUUCGACAGCAGUGUCAGCUGUUGGAGGAAAACAUGCAACAUCGUGCUGGUAAAAUCGUCAGGACUCAGUACGAAUUAAAGGAGACGGACCUCAUUUCCAAAAUGCCAACAUUAGGAGUGGUUGAAGCAAAACACACAGCCAUGCAUUCUGAUAAAACAAUUGACCACUUGCAGUUGUCGCCAAGAAAUCCGAUCCGGAUGUCAGAAAAAAGACAUAAUUUCUUGGCACUGAAGUACCAAAGUAGCUUAAUAUCGGGCGGAUUCGCAAUGAAUAGAAACCUGAUUUUGGUAGACAACAAAGGAAGAGAAGUUAGAGGAUAUUCCGAUUCUGGUCAACGAAUUGAUACUCAAGUAUGUCCCAUGUAUGGAAAUCCCUUUGACGCAACUUUCCUACCAGACCGAAAAGGUACAAAUAUAAUUGCUGUCACGAUCCCAGUGAUGAAAACGAUCCAACUUUUAGAAGUAGGGCCAAAAACGUUAACCAUCAUGGACCGUCUCCAUUUCAAAACGAUAAACCAAUGUUUUGGCAUCACCUUCAUAGACGGUAGAAUCUUGGUUGCCUGCUUGAAAUCCAUAGACAUAUGGGACGUAGAUCCGGAAAACCGAUUAAAUUUCUUCAAUAACAUGGAAAUCGAAGGAGAAAAGGUCAAAUACAUUUGUGCAGCAGAUCACAACCGUAUAUACUACUCGGAUUCCGAUUUUCGCGGAUGUCUUUACUGCAUCACAACGGAUGGAGACAAAAUUUUUCGAUAUUCGCAUAAAAACUUGCGCGUGCCGAUGGGAAUUGCGUUGGAUCAACGCGGGAAUGUAUACGUGGCUGGCCAUUAUUCCAACAAUAUCCACCAGGUGUCUCCAGAGGGAGGUCUUAUCCAGAUCAUCGCCCCCGAAGACGAGGGCUUUAAGAAACCGAUCAUGAUGAUAUACAACGGAGAAAAGAUCUUCUUGAGCUACGAGAGUCACACCAUCACCUAUAUGUAUCCGUCAUAAGAUGUCGUGUUUAAAUGUAAUUUUUUCUUAUUUUAACAUUUACAUAUUUGCUCUGUGAAUCCAAGAACUCCUUUAACAUAUCUUUUGUCGAAAAGUCCGUAUGUAUCUUAAAUCGUAAAUGUGUCAAAUGCAACUUAUAAUUAAAUACAUGUACCUGUA